CACGGAGGAAACGCAACCGAGAUACUGAUGAAGAAAGUGUGAUUAAAGAGGCAGAGGAGGGACGUGUUGUGACAUGCAUCUAACGGCGCUUGUUUGUUGUUGUCUGUUCCUGUCAGUUUGUCUUUGUGUCGGUAGUUUUUAAAGAGUCAUGGCAGCAGGGAGAAUGCGCUCCACGCGCAGACUGCGCUCCUGGAUCGUCGAACAGGUCAGCAGCGGGAAAUAUCCGGGUCUGGUGUGGGACGACGAGGCCAAGACCAUGUUCCGCAUCCCGUGGAAACACGCAGGGAAGCAGGACUUCCGUAAGGACGAGGACGCCGCCAUUUUCAAGGCGUGGGCAGAGUUCAAAGGGAAGCUGACCGACGGGGUUCAAGACAACCCGGCGUCCUGGAAGACGCGUCUGCGCUGCGCCCUCAACAAGAGUCCAGAGUUUUCGGAGGUGAUGGAACGAGCCCAGCUGGACAUCUCGGAGCCCUACAAGGUGUACCGCCUGGUGCCCAUCAGCGAGCAGGGUGUGGUGGUUCCUGAAAAGAAGUGCAGAGUCAAAGCCACGAAGAGGCCGAAGAGGAGGAGGAGCAGUGACUCGGACAGCGAUGAAGAUGUGAGCCAGGUGAAGCUGAUAAAGACAGAGGAGGUGACAUCACAGCUGUGUGUUGAAGAGGCUCUGCUGCGGGGCGACAUCCCCACCCUGACAGAAGAACCGGUUCAGUUCACCGCCACCAUACAGACCGAUGUGGUUGAUGAGAUCACGUUGGACGUGCGGAUCGAGGAGAGCGUCCCUGCUUCGACCGAAGUCCAAGACUCCUUCAAUGUGGUGGUUCACUAUUUAGGCCAGGAGGUUCUCACGCGUCAGAUCCACGGCACUGAUGUCAGGAUAACGUACCUGCCCUCCUCGCUCGUCCCGCCGACGCCGGCCCUCCUGAAAGGCAGGUUCCCACGCAUCCCCCUGCCGGAGCCGCCGUCCACGCUGCCGGCCGGCCCCGAGCUGCAGGCCCUGUUCACCCUGCUGCCCUUCAUGGAGAAAGGGGUGGUGCUGACCUCCACGCCGCAGGGAGUUUACGGCAAACGGUUCUGCCAGGGGCGGGUCUUCUGGACGGGGCCGCACACGACCGCGCAGGGGCUGCACAAGAUGGAGAGGAACACGGAGCCGGUGCUGCUGUUCAGCAAAGACGUCUUCAAGCAGCAGCUGGACCACUUCCGUUCAAACGGCGGCGAGCCUCCUCAGUGCGGCAUCACUCUGUGUUUCGGAGAAGAGCUGAGCAACACUGAAGACCCGUCCAGGAAACUCAUCAUCGUUCAGAUCAGUUUACCGUGGGCAGAACAGCAGGUCCAGAACACUCAGUCCAUCUUUGACUCCAUCAACAUCCUCCAGUCUCUGGCCAGUCAGUCGCCGCUGGGAGAAAUCACUCUGAACCUGGUCACUGUGGCGGCGCCCACAUCCGAGACCGUCGCCUGUGGGUCCGCCUGAGCGCUCUGUGCAGCGGGGGAGGGGUUCAUUCCAAAAUAAGAGACAUGUCCACUUUAAAACCAUUGUCACAAAGUACGAGUACAAAGGGCUGAGUGCAUGUUAGCACGUUUCACCUAAAAGCAUCAUCUAAAGUAACUAAAGUGAGUUUUUGGACAAAAUUAAAACCACUAACCACUUAACCACAGACACUUUAUCAAAAUUAGCUCAGAAGUGACAGACAGCUCAAAACAAACCUUAAAGCACUGAUGAUUAACAUCAUAAAAUUACCAAACAGGAACUUUAAGUAUCGGACAUUCAUUUGCCCUGAAAACGGACGCUGAGCUUUUUGGGAUGGACUUUGGCCCCUCGUGUCCUCACAGGUUAGCUGGUGUACUGGAAGCACUACAUGUAAACCAACGCUGAGAAGUGGAAGUCAGGGCUUUAAUAAUGGUUUGAUAUUUCACAUAAAAAAGCCACCACAUUCUCUGUGUCCUGCUUCAGUCUGCACUUUUUAUUUGUCAUGUAUGACAGUAAGUUCAUCUCGUGGUUUGGGACCAAAAGUCAGGAAAAACACAAGCAAUCUGAAGAAUUAAUGCCAUUAUUUCACCUUUUUAAAAAACCUUUUAUAUAAACUCAACUAGCUCAGUCCUCAUGGCUGCAUGUCUCUUUUCCUGUAAGCCAGAGGUUCCCAACCUGUGGGACGAGACCCCCAGAAAGGGUCGCUAGUUACAUCUGAGGGGCUGAGGAGACGAUUAACAGGACAGGAAGGCAGAAAAAAAACUCGUCUGCUCUGCAAACGAACUCUUGUCGUGGAUUCUUGGAUAAUUUUAAUGGGUUUUAGGAUUUUUAACAAGUAUUCAAAUACAGCAAGGACAAGGAAAACAGUUGGAUGAACUGGUCACAGGCUCAAAAGGACUUUGUUUUACGGGGUCAGUAAACAGGUUGGGAACCACUGCUCUCAGCAACUGAUGACUAUAUGCUUGUACUACAGCGCCAUAGAAACUGCUGCAGUAGAAACCCAUAGUUCAGUAGAGUAGUCGCUGUAGUGAGCAAAGAUGUAUCUCACAGUAAUAUGCAUCACUUUUUAAAACAUAAGGCUUGUUAACCUACGUGACGUCAUUUUUCGUGUCCAGCUCAUUGAACAGUUAUGUUUACAGGUGUGUGCUGGUGGUCGGCUUGUCUUGAUGAGCCUCGAGUUUUGCAGCAGAGCUCAGUCAGGACCAUGACAGGACACAAACCCAGCCUCCUCCACUGCGGCACUGUUAGAAAUCAUCUGUCGGGUUAAAAUGUGAGAAUCUCACGUACAGCAGUGAACCCAGAUUAGCUCGACCCCUCAGUGAGAGAGAACGCCCUGCAGUAAACACACUCAGCUGAAGCUCAGGAUAUUUGGGUUUUGUUGAGGCAUUUUUAAAGGUGGCAGUUUGGCGUGUCGUGAACCGGGUGUGUGGCACCGUUCCUCAUUCCUUUAAGCAGCUAACUGUUUUUGGCCCAAGUUGACAUGAUUUAUACGACAUUUCCUCUUGACAAAUAACAUCGGUUUUGUCAAGUUUGCCGCUAAUGCAGCAGCAAUUCAGGCAGGAAAUACUGCAAAUUAGAAAAGGCAGCAACACAAGCAAACACUGAGGCUUUCAAGGCAACAUACGUAGGAUCAACUAACACUAUAUUAACAUUAAAUAAAUUGCUUAGAACACAUUCUAAUGUAGUUGGAUGCAUGUUUAUAUUAUGCUUAUAAAUCCUCAAUUAUUACUUCCUAUUGUAGAGUCUUUUCUGGCUUCUAGCAUGAUGCUGGAAAGGGAUCAAUUCACUGAAUGUUCAAUCGAAAGCUGCGUCUUCUGAACAACACAAACUAUCAUCUGUAUCAAACAAAAAGAAACCGAACCUUCUGAGCUUCAACACAUUUGUAUUUACUGCGGGAUUUUUGUGCUGUAAGGUGUUUCUGUUAUUUUGUCCACCCAUUGGAACUUGUUGAAUAACAGUAAUACAGCAGCAAAGGACAAAGCAGGACCAGAAACAGCACAGGUGCAUCUGCAGAGUGUUGAGCUGAACCACAAGGCACACUGCGAGGGGAGGUGGGGGAGGUGGGGGAGGCGGGG